AUGAGCUUAAACAACGGUUCCGGUUUCAAGGUCGAGCCUUUCGAUGGCUCGAACUAUGGGUUGUGGAGUUACAAGAUGAAGAUGUACCUGAUGUCGAAGGGGCUGUGGGGCGCGAUCGCGGGCGGUGAGACAAUGAGUGAGGCCAAGGAACAGCAAUCCCACGCCGCGAUCGUGCUUAAUCGGAGCGAUUCGCAGCUGAUGCAUGUCAUCGACUCUGCCACUGCAAGAGAAGUGUGGGGACAUUUGGCGCGGUUUCAUCACAGGCAUGACAUGGCGAAUCGACAUUGGCUGAAAGAACUGUUGGCCUCGUUCAAGUAUGCAGCAUCAACCAUAAGCGGUCAUGCGAUGGAGCUGGAGGACCUCGUGAUGAAGAUGAAGCGCGCGAACUGCGGUCCAAGUGAAGAAGACGUGUGCGCAGUACUGUUGCAGAGUCUACCUUCAAGCUUCGAGAGCUUGAAUGAGGCUGCACGGGUAGAAGAUGCACCGGCGCUCUACACAGGCACGAGGAAGAGUAAGCAGUACCCGAAGAAGCAACAAGGACGGCGCGCGAAAGGACCAUCACGGACCUGCAACAACUGUGGCAAGCUCGGACACUACGCCAGAGAUUGUCGCUCCGGUCGAGGGCCAAGGGAGCACCAGCAUGACCAGUCGAACGUCGCGUUCAAUGCCUGCGAAGGUUUCGCGAGCGACAGCUGGGUCAUGGACAGUGCGGUGUCAGCACACAUGUGCAAGGAUCGAGAUGCGUUCGAAGAUUACGAAGAAGUGCAUCAUGCGCGAAGUAUCUCAAGCGCAAAAAGCGACGUGAAGCUGAACGUCAUUGGACAUGGGAAAUUGAAGCUGCGCGUCUGGACAGGGAAUGCGUGGGUUGACGCUCGCCUUGAGAACACACUUCACGUUCAAGAUUCGUCCAAGAACCUGUUUUCGCUCACGGCUGCGGCAGCGCGCGGCAUGACAGUGGAGAUAACGCGCAACGAGUGCGUGUGCCACAUAGCCGAAGACGAGACUGAGCUAUGGCAUAGAAGACUGGGCCACGUGUCGUAUGGUACUCUGAAUGCCAUGAUUAAUGAAGGACGGAUCAAGGGCGCUACGGUGAAGAGGAACGUUGCUUGUGACGUAUGCGCAACGUCAAAGCAAGUGCGCAAGUCAUUCAAGACAAGUGAAGAAGACGCUGAAACCAGGGAGAGUUCGUGUUCCGACGUGGUGGUGUGCUCCGACGUUCUCGGACCUAUCACGCCAGCGUGCAAGUCUGGUUUCAGUUACGCCGUAACCUUCAUCAUGAUGAAGAGCAGGUAUGUAACGGUAUAUCCGUUGCGAAAGAAGAGCGACGUUGCGAGUGCGUUCAAGCGGUUUUACCAAGAUAUCAAGACAGCAUCUGGAACGAAGAUAAAGGUGUUGCGAAGUGACAACGGCGGCGAAUACCGGAUCGAAACGAUGAACAACUUUUGCAAGGCAAAGUUCAUCAAGCAAGAGUUCACGGUUCCGUACAACCCAGAGCAGAAAGGGAUGGCGGAGCGGAUGAACCGCACGCUGGUGGAGAUGACGCGCUGUAUGCUCAACGAAAGCGGCCUCGACAAGUCGUACUGA